AUGGGGAUGAGAGUUAUGGUGGGAUUGGUACCUAUUUUGGUGGUGAUGGUGCUUUUGUGGGUAUCAUCAAACCCAUCUUACCUUUUUGGUAGUCCUUAUAUCAUUUUCUCAAUCUUCAACUUCAUAAUUCUUCUCGUAACGGUUCGAAAUCAUGAGCCACGACCUUUUCUUCAACCUUCCUAUUAUAAGCUUUGUCAAGACGCUCGAAAUCAUGAGCCACGACCUUUUCUUCAUCCUUCCUAUCAUAAGCUUUGUCAAGACGCUGAAUUUAGUGCUCAUGAGGAAGAAGAAGAUAAAAGAGAAGAGGAUGAAGACGAAAAUGCAGAUAGUAGUGAAAAUGAAAAAAUAGAUAGAGACAGAGAUGAAAUUGAACAAUUGAACGAGGAAGAUGAGGAAGAUGCAGAUAAUGACGGUGUUGACGAAGAUGAAGAUAGAGAUGGAGAUGAAAUUGAACAAUUGAAUGAGGAAGAUGAAGAUAAUGACAGUGUUGAUGAAGAUGAAGCGGAGCGGGAAGAGGAGGAAGAAGAAGAGGAGGAAUUGGAAACUGGACAUCAUACUAGACUGUUCUUUCCUAAAGUUAAUGUAGCAUCGUUCCACUUGAAAGCAAAUACUUUCAUCAACAAACAAUCUCUUUAUCCUGUCUAA